GCUGGGGGCGGGAGCUGCUGAGCUUGGAGCCGGUGCUCACUGGGUUGGCUGAGCUUGGAGCCGGGCGCUGACAGGAGGGCAGCUAGACGUCUGACAGCCAGGAGGGCGCUGUGGUCACGGGCGAGCAUCCUCUUCUCACUGGCGUCCUAUGGCAGCUGCAGCCCGCAGCCUCCUCUCUCGGAUAUCUGGUUUCCUCUAGCAGGGAUUGUGGAAUUGUCUUUGCUAAGUGCACUGCUCUCUGUCUCUGGGAUGCUACUUCUUCCCCUGGCGACCCCGUCAUGCUAAGUCCCAGCCGGGCCCCCUUCUCAGUUUGUAACCUGUGGGAGCUGCGGGCACCGUCUCCUUAGACCAUGGUGGUCAAUGAGUCUCAUAGACCGUACUGGACCCUGAGUGAUUGCUUGUGCUCGCUGCUUCUGCCGUCUCUCUUACUCAUCAUAGCCCGGCCAGUAAAACUUGCAGCUUUUCCUACCUCCUUAAGUGACUGCCAAACCCCUACAGGCUGGAACUGUUCUGGAUUUGAUGACAGAGAGAAUGAUCUUUUUCUUUGUGACACCAAUACCUGUAAAUUUGAUGGAGAGUGUUUAAGAAUCGGAGACAGUGUGACAUGCGAUUGUCAGUUCAAGUGUAGUCAUGACUAUGUCCCAGUCUGUGGCUCAAACGGUGUCACCUUUCGGAAUGAGUGCUACCUAAGAGGGGCUGCCUGUAAACAGCAGAGUGAAAUCCUUGUAGUGUCUGAAGGAUCAUGUGUAACAGAUGGAGGAUCUGGGUCUGGAGAUGGAGCUAAUGAAGGUUCUGGAGAAACCAGUCAAAAAGAGACCUCAACUUGUGACAUAUGCCAGUUUGGAGCAGAGUGUGAUGAAGAUGCUGAGGAUGUCUGGUGUGUGUGCAACAUUGACUGCUCCCACAUCAGCUUCAAUCCAGUUUGUGCUUCCGAUGGGAAAUCGUACGAUAAUCCAUGUCAAAUCAAAGAGGCAUCAUGCCAGAAACAGGAGAAAAUUGAAGUCAAGUAUUUGGGUCGAUGUCAAGCAGAGAAUACAACAGCAGCUACAAAAUCUGAAGAUGGUCAUUAUGCAAGAACAGACUAUACAGAAAAUGCAAAUAAAUUAGAGGAAACUGCCAGGGGGCUGUAUAUUCCUUGCCCAGAACAUUAUGAUGGAUACUGCAUCCACGGAAAGUGUGAACAUCCUGUCAAUUUGUUGAAGCCUUCUUGCAGAUGUGAUGCAGGCUACAGCGGUUCACACUGUGAAAAGAAAGACUUCAAUGUUUUAUACGUGGUCCCAGGCCCAGUGCGUUUCCAGUAUGUCUUAAUAGCAGCAGUGAUUGGUACUAUCCAGAUUGCCAUCAUCUGCAUAGUGGUCCUAUGUAUAACAAGGAAAUGCCCAAGAAGCAACCGAAUUCACAGACAAAAGCAAAACACGGGGCACUACAGUUCAGACAACACGACUAGAGCAUCAACACGGUUAAUUUAAAGCACGCAUGUUUCCACAAUGGCAAAACUGUCAAAUGAGCCCUUGGACUAGAUUAAUAUUAGUCAAGUAAAGGACAAGAGAUCUACACAUGUUGCCUUGCAUUUGUGGUAAUCUACACCAAUGAAAACAUGUACUACAGCUAUAUUUGAAUAUGUAUGGAUAUAUUUGAAAUAGUAUACAUUGUCUUGAUGUUUUUUUCUGUAAUGUAAAUAAACUAUUUAUAUCACAUAA